AUGUCCUCGAGAAAGAAGGUCCUCCUCAAGGUCAUCAUCCUGGGAGACAGCGGUGUCGGCAAGACGAGCUUGAUGAACCAAUAUGUCAACAAGAAGUUUAGCGCGAGCUACAAAGCCACCAUCGGAGCCGACUUCCUGACGCGAGAAGUCUUGGUCGACGACCGACAGGUCACCAUGCAGCUCUGGGAUACGGCUGGGCAGGAGCGAUUUCAGUCGCUCGGCGUAGCCUUCUACCGCGGCGCCGACUGCUGCGUUCUCGUCUACGAUGUGAACAAUGCAAAGAGCUUCGAGGCGCUCGACAGCUGGAGAGACGAGUUCCUCAUCCAGGCGUCACCCCGAGAUCCGCCCAACUUUCCGUUCGUCGUGCUCGGAAACAAGAUUGAUGUCGAGGAGAGCAAACGAGUGAUCUCCAACAAGAGGGCCAUGACCUUCUGUCAGUCCAAGGGGGACAUUCCCUACUUUGAGACGAGCGCCAAGGAGGCCAUCAACAUCGACCAGGCAUUCGAGGUCAUCGCGCGAAACGCCCUCGCCCAGGAGGAAUCUGAGGAGUUUAGCGGUGACUUUGAUGAUCCGAUCAAUAUCCACAUCGACAACGACCGAGACGGGUGCGCAUGCUGA